AUGCUCGCUGCUCUCAUCCCCAUCCUCCUCGCUAACGGCGCCGCCGCCGAGCUCACCCCCGAGCAGGUCCAGGAGGCCGUCGGCCAGUUCACUGCCGCCAACCUGACCAACAUCGUCCCCAUCAACGACAUUGUCGGUCUCAUCCAGGGCAACUGGGGCACCGUCGACUUCUCCAAGGCCGGCUACGCCUUCACCACCGGCCAGGCCAACGCCUUCCCGGACAAGCUCGUCAUCAACCCCGCCCCCACCAAGAAGGCUGAGAACGUCGCCUACACUGCCAUGCUCGUUGACGCUGGCCGCGCCGGACAGCCCGACACCCCCAAGCUCCACUGGCUGAUCAACAACAUCCACCUCAACGACACCGACAAGGCCGGUGGCCCCUACGUUCUCAACUACUCUGACGGCACCACCGUCAAGCAGUACGCUGCCCCCGGUCCCCAGGACGAGGGUGCCCACCGUUACGUCUUUGCCGUCUUCAACCAGGGCAACGACUUCACCCCCCCUGCCGACUACGCUCGUGCCGACCAGGUCGCCAACGUCCAGGACUUCGACCUCCAGAACGGCUCGCAGACCGGCACCGCUGCUGCCGGCCAGUCCUCCGCUGCCGGCAACGGCGACAAGGGCAACUCUGCUGCCGGCAUGGCCGCCCCCGCCGUCGGCCUCGCCCUCGCCGCUGGUGCCCUCGCUGCUCUCUUCUAA